GGGAUUUAGACGCAUUUUCAAGUCUGGUAGUGGAAAGGAAAGAGUAAAACAUGACGAGACUGAACAUCUUAGCUUUGAGCCUCUUCGCGUUCAUCUCUGUAUCUACAGCAUAUGUGACAUGUCCUGAUGACUGGACGAGACAUGGGUUCUCCUGCUACUAUUUCCGAUCGUGUGACGUAACGUGGGAUGAUGGUGAACGAGAGUGCCUGGCUCUUGGUGGCCAUCUUGUUUCUAUCGAUACCAGGGCCGAGAUGGCCUUUGUCGAGAAUCUAGUAGCUGGAGAGAAAGGACCGUUCUGGAUCGGUCUGAACGACAAGUACCGUGAGGGUCAGUGGUUCUUCACAGACAUGAGGCGUCUUCGUCCCGAGCUGGGGCCUCUCUGGGGUGCACACGAGCCCAACAACAAUGGUGAUGAGGAUUGUGUCAUGUUUCCUCAUGGCGCCGAUAAGAAGUGGAACGACGCCAAGUGUGAUAGCAAGUACAGCUUCAUCUGCGAGAUUGAAAAAUUCGGUUGCCCCGACGGUUGGGGAGAGUACGGGGACUCCUGCUACCACCAGGUCGUAACACCAAAGGUCAACCAGUUCGACGCCCAGACCCACUGCCAGUCCAUCCAUCAAGACUGCAGUCUGGUCAAGAUCGACAACCACGACGAACAGGCUUUCCUAGAGAGCUUCUUUGGAGAGAGCUGUGCCGACUGGAUUGGUCUCCUGGGAGAGGUAAACGCAAACGCAAACUCAAACGCGAACGGCGUCUCUGCCUCACACCAUCAUGAUCACGACGACGCCAACGGCGGCAACGACGGAGGAAACAGUGGUGGAAGCGGCGAAUUCUUAACUCGCGAUUAUUUCUUCACCGAUGGCCAGCCGAUGGUGCACGACUUCUGGAAGUCGAACGAACCCAACUUCGACAAGGACAAUGACCGCGUGUGUGCGAUUCAGAAGAACACUCUGGGAUGGAAUGAUUACGGUUGCGGUAACGAGAUGAGCUACAUUUGCGAGUUAAAGAAACCAAGCUUCUAAGAAAUGCUUGUUAAGUGUUAAGUCUGCCCUCUGAAAGUACAGGAAGGGAAAUGCAUUCUUUUAGAAGUCAUUCUAAAGA